AUGCGAGCUCUUCGAUAUCACGGCACGAAGGAUCUGCGGGUGGAUGAUAUUCCUGAGCCGAAAUGUGGAGAUAACCAGAUCAAGAUCAAACCGGCUUUUUGUGGAAUAUGCGGCACAGACUUACACGAGUACUCAUCUCCAACAUUCAUUCCCGCAAAGGAUGCUCCCCAUCCAGUGACCGGUGAAUCUAUGCCGGUAGCGAUCGGACACGAAUUCAGUGGCGAGGUACUUGAAAUUGGAUCCAAGGCUGAUAAUCCCAAGAACCUGAAAGUAGGAGACAAAGUGGCUGUGCAACCUACGGUCUGUUGCUUCAAAUGCGGCCCGUGUGGUGAUGGAUACAUCAACUGCUGCGACAGUGCUGGGUUUGUCGGAUUGAGCGGUGGAGGCGGGGGUAUGACUGAUGCUGUAUGCGUUGAUCCGCAGUUUGUGUUCAAAUUGCCAGAGCACAUUCCAUUGAACGUGGGUGCUUUGGUUGAACCACUGGCGGUGGCAUGGCAUGCAAUCGAUCAAUAUCCUCUCAAGGAAGGAGAUGAAGCAUUGGUCAUGGGCGCUGGACCAAUCGGUCUUGGGGUAAUUCAAUGCUUGAAAGCUCGAGGUGCGAAAACCAUUAUUGCCGUCGAGGUCGCCAAGGAGAGGCAGAAUUUUGCGAAGAAAUUUGGUGCAACCCAUGUCAUUGAUCCAUCCAAAGAAGACGUGGUCAAACGAGCAAAAGAGAUAUGUGGCGGAAAUGGACCACAUGUGGCACUGGAUGCCGCUGGUGUGCCCCAGAGUAUUACGUCUGCGGCCCUGGCAGUGCGUGCCAGAGGCACCAUCGUGAAUCUGGCUAUCUGGGAGAAGGAGAUUCCUUUCCAGCCAAACAAUCUUGUGUUUGGAGAGAAGAAGUAUUUCGCAAUCCUUGGAUACCUCAAAGAGGAUUUUGCUGGCGUGAUUCAGGCACUGGACGAUGGUAGUCUGAAGCCAGAGCAAAUGAUAACUAGCACUAUCAAAAUUGAUCGAGUUGUGGAGGAUGGAUACCGGGCAUUGAUUGAGGAGAAGGACAAACAUGUCAAAAUUUUGGUUGAUUGUCGAGCAUAA